CAAAUUUGUAUAAUCGAAGGAGAAAUUGGGGAAAGGGUCAAAAUCAAUUCAGAAGUAGACUUUUGGAAGACUCUUCUUCCUCUGAAGCUUUUGGUUUUCGCGUUCUUCUGAAUACGCGGAAACUUAAAGCUUCAGAGUCCAUUUCAAUUUCAAUUCCCAUUCCCUGUUUCACCCAAUUAAUCUUCCAAUCUCUUUGCAAUUUCACAAUCUUCAGCCUCCUCUUUUGUUCUUUUCGGUUUCGAUUUGGUUAUGGGAACCCCGGAAUUCCCUAAUCUCGGGAAGCAUUGCAACUUUGCAGAUUGUAAGCAGAUCGAUUUCUUGCCCUUUGCUUGCGAUUGCUGUCACCAGGUCUUCUGUUUGGAGCAUCGUAGCUACACUACGCAUAGUUGUCCAAAAGCAGAUAGAUGGGAUGUCACCGUUGUCAUUUGUCCGCUGUGUGCCAAAGGUGUUCGUCUCAUUCCAGAUCAAGAUCCAAACAUUACUUGGGAGAUGCAUGUAAACACUGAAUGUGACCCAUCAAAUUAUAGUAAAGUCACAAAGAAGAAAAAAUGCCCUGUACCUGGCUGCAGGGAAUUGUUAACAUUUUCAAACACGAUCAAGUGUCGGGACUGCUCGGUAGACCACUGUUUAAAGCAUCGGUUUGGACCUGACCAUAAAUGUCCUGGACCGAAAAAACCGGAACCAGCAGGUUUUCCAUUUGUUGGUCUAUUAAGUAGAAGUAGAAAAGAAGAGAAAGGGCCUAAGAAAGCAUUGCCCGCCACAUCUUCCUCUAAGUGGACUACAGCCUUCCUUAAUGCAGCCUCAUCUGUUAAAGCCUCAGCUGAGGCAAGCAUGACGAAGUUAUCAAAUGAAUUCAGUCAAACUUGGUUAACAUCGGGUAGCAGCAGCAACGGUGGAGGGGGAAAUGGACAAGUUGAGCAAUGUCCACAAUGUAGCGCAAAGUUUUCUUCGGUUUCAUCGUUAAUAGACCAUGUCGAAAAAGUUCAUGAAAGGGGUGGAAAUCGACUUGGGGUGCAGAAGGUUGUGAUCGAUGCUUGUCCAAAGUGUAGUAGAGGCUUUGUCGAUCCCGUUGCCCUUGUGGAGCAUAUUGAGAGGGAUCAUGGUGGCACUUCAAGAGCUUGAGCAUACAGGUCUCAAUUUAUACAUCACGAGGUAUGAGCAGUGAACACCGACUUGAUCACAAGUUCGAUUGUUUCAUCAAACUGUCCCCUCUGAUAGAAUAGAUCAUUGUGAUGUGCCCUAUGUGAACUUUCAUCUUAUAUAUAUAUAUAGUAAAAAAGCUUGUCAAUCUUGAUUAAUUUUGGGAUGAAUAGAGGUGAGGAGUUCUUUGUAGAAUAUUUGAAGAAUUGAAUUCAUUACCAUUUUUCUGAAGGAAGGCUUAAAUUUUUCCCUUCUUUGUCAUUAUUGGCUUUGUUCAUACAUUAGUUUUGCAAGUGUUUUGGAGGAGUCAUCUGUGUAAUCUUUUGGAUAAUUUGUAUAAACCAUAUUUUAUUUUCCUGCA